CAAUACGAAAACCCAGUGCAAUGCAAUGCAAAAAGAAAAACACAAAUGUAUAAUAAACAAAAAUAUGUUAACAAAAAGUGAGUGGUCUAAUUGACAUCAAGUAUACGCCUCAUAAGCCGGCUAAGUUUUACCAUAACUCUAAACAUUCUUUCGCCGUCGUCGCGUUGACAAAAACGGAACUGAGAUAAAAUUUGGAAAAGCCACUGGCAAAAUGGCGCUUUCCAAGCGGCCCCUCACCAAGGACACGCCCUUGUCCGAGAACAAUGGCGGCCACAAUGGGAGUGGCACUGAUCACGAGACCUCCGUCAAGCGACGCAAGCGUUGCAGUCGCGACGAGGACUCCACUCUGAGCAGCCACAACAACAACAACAACAAUAACAACAAUAAUAAUAACAAUACGAAUAACAAUAAUAACAACAACAACUUGCCGCAGAAGAAACGUAAACAGGGGCAUAUUGCCGAUAGUCCGGAGAGUCCUACCUGCGGUACCCUGCUGCCCACGCACACGCCCACGGCGACGCCCACGGCCACGCCCCUGAGCAAAGGCAACACGGAUGCGGACCAGGACGAUGAGACAUUGAUCCGUGAGACACAGGCCGCCUUGAAGAGUCUCUCGGGCAGUUGGCCAUCGGAUUCGCGCGGCAAUCUCUAUCGGCUGCAGGAACAGGACGAGAAUCCACCGCCCUUCCAGAAUCUCUUCGAGGAGAAGCAAAAGUAUGUGACCCUCGGCGGGCAUGCCAUCGACCAGAGCCCAGCACCCAAUCCCACCAAUCCCUCCACGCUCUUCUCACGUUUCCACAGACAAAAGGAGAACGACCAGGCGCGCCUGAAUGCCAGUAUUACCACUGGCAGCGGCUGCAAGAAGUCGCCCGAUGACCAGCUGGAUGACCACGAGCUGGAGGACACCGCCUCCUCGACCCCGGGCCUGUAUGCCCAGGCUGCGUCGGCCUUCAAGCCGCCCAUUGACAUCAUCAAACGGAAUUCCGUCUAUGUGGCCGCCGCUCAUGCCCAUUAUAGUGCCUAUAAUGCGGCCGCUGCAGCGGAAUCGGCUGCCGGAUUGGCCUAUUAUGGCUAUGCCGCUGCCGCCGCUGCCAGUCAACAGCAACAGCAACAACAACUCAAUAGUACCACCUUCGAUAUUGCCAGCCAAUUGGGCGAAAAGCAGCAGCAACAACAACAACAGCAACAACAACAGCAACAACAGCGGCCCAAGGAACCCAUGGCCGAUGGCAAACAGUAUACGAUCCUUCAGCCCGCGGGCAUUGGAAGUCGGGCCGCGUCCGUCAUGCAGGACAUUGCAUCGCGUGAGGGCGUUGUGGGCGUACCACUGGUGGCCACGCCCCCCUCGACAGCGGCCAACAGUCCGGCAGCAGGAUCCUCGACUCCAUCGACACCGGCGCCCAGUUACUCGCCGGGCAGCCAGAAUCGCGAUGGCGCCAAAUGCCCCACGCCGCAUUGUACGGGCCAAGGACAUGUCACCGGAUUGUAUUCGCACCAUCGCAGGUACACCCAUCAGCCAUAUACAUACAUAUAUUGUAGAUCCCCUGCGAGAAGCGUCUCCUCUUCUCACACAACAAAACAAUCUCAUUUCUCUAUAUAUUUUUCUCGAUCUGCCAUUGACAGUUUGUCUGGUUGUCCGAAGCGCGAUAAGGUCACCACAGAAUUGCUGGCUCUGCACGAGCAGAUCCUGAAAUGCCCCACGCCCGGGUGCAAUGGUCGUGGCCACGUGCAGCCGCAUCGCAGCGUGCACCGCAGCCUCUCCGGCUGUCCAAGGGCCCUGAGGCGAUCCUCCGGCGGAUCAGGAUCGGCCAGUCGCCGUCUGGGAGCAGCAGCACUAGCAGCAACAGCAGCCGGAGAUCUGGACAAAAAUGAGAAGGAGCUGCAUCCGCUCGAAAAACUGAAGUUGGCCUCCAACCACUAUCUCAACAAUAACAACAGUAGCUGCAUCAACAACAACAACAACAACAACAACAGCAACAGCAGCAACAGCACAACAGCAACGCCAGCGACGAUGCCGAUUAUCAAAUCGGAGUACAGUCCCGUCGCCAGCAUCAAAUCGGAGUAUAAUAAGAGUCCCAUGCACUCGUAUCUGUCGGGGGAUGCGGCCGCGCCCGCCCCCGCCGCUCCAUCCUCGGCGGGAUCCGCCCAAGCGCCGCGUUCCGGAUCGGCGAACGUGACCGGCGGAAGUGCAAAUGGGGAGAACAACCUGCAUGCCCCCCACUUGAGUCGCUUUGUCGGGCUGCAGAGUCCGCCGCACCAGCCGCAUCUCAAUCCCCACGGCCACCACCAGCAGCAACAGCAGCAGCAACAGCAGCAACAGCAGCAGCAGCAGCAACAGCAGCAGCAACAGCAGCAGCAACAUACGCUGCACCAGCAGAGAGGACCCUUCAUCGAGGGUAAUGAUGUGCCCGAUCCUUCAGCCACCUAUCACUCCGAGCACCAGCAGCAGCAGCAGCAGCAGCAACAGCAGCAGCAGCAACAGCAGCAGCAGCAACAGGCCGACGAGCGGCAGCAGCAAUACGAACAGAUGCGCUAUGCCCAAAGUCAUGUGAGCGUCGGUCCGAGUGGCGAACUAAUGGCGCCCAACGGCGGGGAAUUGUCACCGGGGACGGCGAGAAGCGCCUAUGAAGCGCACCCCGGACAUCCGCAUCCGCAUCCGCAUCCCGGGCACCCGCAUCCGCCCGUCUCGCUGAGUUCCCUCAGCUCGCCAGCGUUCGCAGUCGAUGCGGUGAGUGCAGCGGCCGUGGCCAGCGGAGCGGGCUUCGAGCGGUACGACCCCAGCGGCGUCUGUUGUCCCAGCAACGGCGGGGGUCAAAGGUCAGCGGCGGCCACAGCCGCAACGGCGGCCUCGGCAGCCGCCGCCUAUCACUAUCUGCCGCAAACCACCGACGAAAUGCAGGCCCAGCAGCAGAAGUAUCUGCAGGAGCAGCAGCUCAUGCUGGCCGCCAAGGCGGAACACGAGGAGCUGGCCAACGGCGGACAGCCCCUGUAUCCGCGGCCCAUGUACCACUAUGAUCCCACGAUGGGACCACUGCCACCUGGCUUCUCGGCCAUCAAUUUGUCGGUCAAGAUGGCCGCCGCUCAGGCCGCAGCUGCUGCGGCCGCCUACCAGAAUCAGCAGCAACAGCAGCAGCAGCAGCAACAGCAACAGCAACACCACCAGCAGCAACAGCAGCAACAGCAGCAGCAGCAACAGCAACAGCAGCAGCACGGCAAACAGAGCAGCUCGCCCGCACCAAAUGUGGGUGGCAGCGGUGUGCCGGCGGUGGACCUGAGCGGUUCCACCUCGGUCACCAGCAGCAGUCCGCACGGUUUCAACUCGCCAGCCUCGCACAACCAGUACACCGCCCAGCGCAUGGGCAACGGCAGUCCGCAGCCAGGAGCCAGUCCAAACAUAGCCAGUCCCCAGGUUCCAAGUCCCCAGGGCCAGACGUUGGACCUCAGCGUCACCCGGUUACCCCACAGCAUUAUUACGAGUCCACAGUACGGCGCCGAUGGCCUGGUGGUGGGUCAUGCCCAGGGUUUCGUGAGUGGAGCGACAGGACCUCUGGGUCCGGGCAACGGCGGACCACCGCGAUCGCCACAAAUGGAACCAGUGGACUUCAGCGGACCUCCAAGACCGCUGGGCUUCGGCCUGGUGGGACACAUCAGCGGUCCGCGACCCUAUAGCCGCGAGUCCACGCCGGAUAGCGGUGGCUCUCACUAUAUCGAAACGUAUCGGGAUCCCAGCGGUUACUCACCGCACCCCGGUUACGGGAUGGUGGUGCAGUCGGACUAUCCGCCAGCCGGAUACCACGGCUACGGUCCGGCUGCGUACCAAUGCAGCAAUCCGUACGCCACGGCCGUCGGUCCCGGUGGCUAUCCCACGCCCGUUUCCGGCGGAUACUCGCCCAGUCCGGCCACCUGCUACUCGAUGCCACCGCCUCAGCACAUCCCGCAGCAUGACAAGUCCAAGGACGGAUUGACGGGCUGCUCGCGCUCGGACCGCAACCAUCUGCAAUCGCACUCGCAGGAGCUGAAGUGCCCCACGCCCGGAUGCGAUGGCUCCGGCCACGUGACCGGGAACUACUCCUCCCAUCGCAGCCUAUCCGGCUGUCCCAGGGCCAACAAGCCGAAGAGCAAGCCGCGCGACGGCCAGGACUCCGAGCCCCUCCGAUGUCCCAUUCCGGGCUGCGAUGGUUCCGGCCACUCCACCGGCAAGUUCCUCUCCCACAGAAGCGCUUCGGGCUGCCCGAUUGCCAAUCGCAACAAGAUGCGAGUUCUGGAAGCCGGCGGCACUGUAGAGCAGCACAAGGCCGCAGUGGCAGCUGCCACGGCCAUGAAGUUCGAUGCCUGCACCACGGUGGGCAGCCAGGGCAUCAAGAAGCCGAAGUUCGAUGAGGUCACCAUGGUCUAUCCCAAGGGUUAUACAGGCGGCAGCGGUCUGGACAUUGUCAUGGGCGGCGUGGGAAGCGGUGUCGGCGUGGGACUGGGCCUCAAUGUCGGGAUCGGGGUCACCAGUAGCAGCAGCGGCAGCAGUACUGGCAUCGGCGGCGGCAGCGGCGGCAACAACAGCUCCAGCGGCAGCAGCAGCAACACCAGCGGACCGGAAAAGAAUCCAAAUCCAUCUGGUGGUGCAGGAGGUUCCUCCUCGGGCGCCACUGGCAGCGAUGAUCUAAACACGUUGGAGGCCGAGAUCUCGGAGCUUCAGCGGGAGAAUGCCCGUGUGGAGUCACAAAUGAUGCGGCUAAAGUCGGAUAUCAAUGCCAUGGAGUCGCAGCUGAGCACCAGCGAUCGGGAGGCUUCUCCACUGAGCGGCCAUCAGCAGCAGCAGCAGCAGCAGCAGCUUCCUCGUUCCUCUGUCGCUUUGGCCUCGCCCAGCGGUCAAUCGCCAUUCGCUAGUGUCAGCUCCACCAGUGGUGGCACCACAGUGGUCAGCGGAGGAGCCACCCCCAAUGGUAGCAGCACUAAUACCAACACCAACUCUGGCGGCGGCAGCACCACCAAUGCCAACGAUCUGAACCACUCGAUCAGCAAUUUGGCACCGAGCUCUGGCAGUAAUCCCAUCGAUGGUGGUGCCCCACCCAAUGCCAAUUUGAACAACUACUACGAGAGCCUGAGGAACAAUGUGAUCACGCUGCUGGAGCACGUGCGUCUGCCACCACCGCCACCACCUCCAGGUGGCACUGCCAGUUCCUCCACAGCAUCCGCAUCCGCAGCCGCAUCGUCGGUGAGUCAACAUGGCCUGGACAAUGUGGUGUGCGGUGGCGGUCAGUUGAUCACGGGCGGUGGAUCCCUGGUGGGUGGGGGUGAGCAUGCUGCCGCGUACUCCACCCUCUUGCCGCCGCCACCACCGCCACCCUCGUCUGCGGGUGGAUCAGCAGCCGUGAGUGGCGUGAGUGGCAUGUACGGGGGAUCCAGUGGUCUGCUUCAGGGAGCCAACUCGAGCAACCUUAGUGGUCCGCCUCCAGUGCCGCCGCCGCCGCCGCCGCACCACCAUCAUCCCUAUACGGUGCACCAUCCCGUCAGCUAUGCCCAUCCGCAUGCCCAUCCGCACGGACAUCCGCAUUCGCAUCCGCAUCCGCACGAGCACUUCGACUCGUACAUCUCGAAACUGCAGUCGCUCUGCGUGCCACCCGAUGUGUAUGCGCUGCCCGAGGAUGCGGAAAGGCCUGUCUACAACUCGGUGAAGCCCACAAUGCACCAGGACUAUGGCAAGCUGAUGCCCACGCCCAUCUAAGGCCCCUGAGCGCCAUCACUGGUGACCGCUACGCAUCACACAGAGCCACAUCCCGUCCACGGCUCGAAUCAAGUGUAAAUACUUAAAAAAAAAAAAAGAAGAGAGAAAAACAAGGAAAGGUAACACUGGGGUUAAUUCAUAGGCCUGACUUUAAGGCAGACUAUAAAAAUUAAAAACAAAACAAAACAAAACAAAAAAAUACUGGUGGUCGAGGUCACCCAACCAUGCUAGUUGUUAGGUCUAGAAAACUAGCCAUCUAGUGCUUAAAACUGUUCCACAUCCUAGAUCCUAGACGCUUUCGUCGUGUGUGUUGAUAGCAACUCUGUAUAAAAACCAAGAAAGGAAAACCAAACAUAAGUGUGUAAUUCGAUUAUAAAUUGCAAUUUUUUUUUGUCUGUAUCAAAUACUAAAACUAGAACUUAUAGAUAACUAUACAUAUAUAUAUAUAUAUUUAUGAAUAUAUAUAUAUAUAUGAGAAUUUAAUUUAAAUGUAGGGCAUUUGUUUGGUGUUAAUGUCUGGUCAAUUUUUUGCAAACGGAAUACGAGAUGUUCGCAACUACUUAAUAGCCCACGUAGUACCCCAUUAGCCCAUAAUAUCCCCGCAGUCUAAGUUUAGUUAAGUGGCAAAGUCGAACACCAAAAGUGAAAGAAAGGAGUAAACAUGCAACUUAUAGACAUGCAAAUAUAAUCAAUACUAAACUUAGUGGAUGUAAUCGUACGAUUUUUUUUUAUUUUUUUUUGUGCAAUUGUAAUAUUAAAAAUGUAAUAGUAAUAUCAAGCGAAUAUCUAAAACUAUAUGGGCUAAGUGUGUGAACGAAGGUGGGAACUUUGGGUUGCGAGGUGGCUAAACGUACAUAUAAUCGGGAAAAACGAAACACGCGUAUAUUCGCAGAUUAUAUCAGUAUGUGAGUGCGGCAUGUAUGGCUGCUUCUCUGUAGGAUCGUAAGUUUUAAUGUUACCCCUUACGAAAUCGGGCACGAGGCAUUAACCCCCAAGACCCCAAGAACCCAAAAAUAAAAUCGAAAACAUAGAUUAAAAUUCAGUGCAAUACAUACAACCAAAGGAGGGCAAAUCGAAAAACCAAAAAAUCGUAAUAAACUAAUUGUGUAAGCUUAAGUAAAACAAGUAGUUGAACAAAAUGUAACGUUUUUUUUUUUGUAUCAUCAUACGUCUAAUCUUAAACUUAAACAUAACUUAAUAAAAAAAGAGAAAUAAAUCGUAGAACGGAGAGCGGAGAAGAUGGAAAAUCCCAAAAACCGCAAGGUAAUUUAGACGAAUUUUAAAAGAAAAAACCAAAUUGAAAAAGUUGAAAACAAAAAAAAAUGAAUGGCGAAAUGCGAAAGAGUAUGAAAAUAAAUAGCAGGCUUAACAAAAAUCAUUGUACUAAAUGAAGUAAUACAUUACGAUGAUUAAAAUAACUACACUAAACUAAAUAUA